CCGAAUCAAACCCAACCAUUUAGACCGGUAACGCGUGGAUUUGCUUCCCUUUCAUUGCUUCGCCGACGGGUGCAGGGCAUUCACUUGCUCACCCAAAAAGAGCGAAAAGUAAAGGGUAAAGGCCAUUCUCACUUCUGCGUGCCUCUCAGCGUAUCUUUCCCACGCCGCCUCUCCUUUUGAGCUUUCAUUCCAUCAAGUUCAUGGGCACUCUGAUCUUGUUCAUCCUCUUCUCGGCAUUGUUUGCUCCGGCGACAUCCGCAAAUCGAACUUUGAGCGAAGGUUUGUCUCUCUCCAGCGAGAACCCGGAAGAUGUUUUGACUUCGCCGAAUGGAAUGUUCUCCGCUGGGUUUUACUCCGUCGGUCACAAUGCUUAUUGCUUUGCAAUAUGGUUUGACUCCCGACCCUCAAGGAGUCAGGACCGCACCGUUGUCUGGAUGGCCAACCGAGACCAACCGGUUAACGGAAGGAAAUCGAAGCUCUCCCUGCUCAGAACUGGUAAUCUUAUCUUAACCGACACCGGUGAGUUCACCGUCUGGCAGACAAACACUAAUUCUCUCUAUUCUCUAGAAUUACAUCUUUACGAUACUGGUAACCUUGUUCUACGAACUUUGGGAGGUGAAAAUUUGUGGGAAAGCUUCCACUUUCCCACAGAUACCUUGCUUCCCCAGCAAUUACUAACUAGCAAUACAAAGCUUGUCUCCUCGAGAAGCCAGACCAACUAUUCCUCUGGCCUCUACAAGCUCCUUUUCGAAAUUGAUAACGUCCUCAGCCUUCUUUAUGAUGGGGCUGAGGUUCCCAGUAUUUACUGGCCUGAUCCACGGUUUCACCGCGGUUAUAAUGACGGAAGGUUCGUGUACAAUAGUCGCAGAUUCGCAGUGCUUGAUUCCUUCGGGAACUUUAAUUCUUCCGAUAAAUUUACAUUUUUGUCAACUGACUAUGGGCAAUUGCUCCAUAGAAGAUUGACACUUGAUUCCGAUGGCAAUCUUCGAUUGUACAGUUGGGACGAGGAGGGCGAGAUUUGGGUUGUUUCAUGGCAGGCCUUGCAGAGACCUUGUUUUAUUCCUGGUGUUUGUGGGGCUAACGGUAUAUGCAGUUAUGUUCCUGGUAUUGGUGGAAAGUGCUCGUGUCUUCCAGGAUAUAAGAUGAUAAAACAUUCCGAUUGGUCUCAAGGGUGUGAACCCGAAUUGGAUCUCACUUUUGGGAAAAGCAAGUUUGAUUUUUUGCAGGUUUCCCAUCUUCGUUUCUAUGGUAAUGAUUAUAAUACCUCCUACAGUUAUACACUCGAUCAAUGCAAGAAGUUAUGCUUGGAACUGGCCGACUGCAAAGCAUUCCGAUACACCUUUAACACGGCUAGUGGUACUUCAGAUUGUUUCCCCAAGAUUCUAUUGAUAAACGGAGAGCGUUCGCCUUCUUUUAGUGGAAGCUUCUAUCUGAGAGUGCCGAAAAAAGAUCUCUCACAUCUCCUCUCGAACGCCAAUCAUGCUGAAGAAAUCGGUUUAAAUUGUUCAAGUGAAGGUCCCCUACCGCUAUACUUAAAAAACCGGGAAAACGGGAUCGUGAAAUUCAUGCUCUGGUUUGUAUGUGGACUAGGAGGACUAGAAAUUGUGGGUAUCUUUCUGGUGUGGUGUCUCUUCGUUAGAACCCCCAAAAGUUCUAGUGCAGAUGAGCAAGGCCAUCUUCUUGCCAUCACUGGAUUCAGAAAAUAUACAUAUUCAGAGCUCAAGAAAGCCACAAAGGGUUUUACUAAGGAGAUUGGAAGAGGUGCAGGAGGGAUUGUGUGCAAAGGGGUAUUGGCGGACAAUCGAGUUGCAGCAAUCAAGCAACUCUCCGAAGCCAACCAAGGAGAACAUGUAUUUCUAGCAGAAGUGAACAUCAUUGGUAGGCUUAACCACAUGAACUUGAUAGAAAUGUGGGGUUACUGUGCUGAGGGAAAGCGGCGGAUUUUGGUUACUGAGUACAUGGAGCAUGGUUCAUUGGCAGACAACCUCUCUUCCAGUUCACUUGAUUGGAAGAAAAGGUUUAAAAUCGCUUUGGGUACAGCAAAAGGCCUGUCUUAUUUGCAUGAAGAGUGCUUGGAGUGGGUUUUACACUGCGAUGUAAAACCUGAAAAUAUAUUCCUAGACUCUAAUUAUCAACCAAAGGUUGCAGAUUUUGGCUUAUCCAAACUACAAAGUAGAGGAGAACCCAAUAAUCCGAGUUUCUCGAGAAUGAGAGGUACCCGCGGAUACAUGGCUCCGGAGUGGGUAUUUAAUCUGCCCAUCACCUCCAAAGUAGAUGUUUAUAGCUACGGGAUUGUUGUGUUGGAGAUGGUGACCGGAAAAGAUGCAACAAAGGGUGUCCAUGACAUAGACAGUGGAGAGCAGCCACAACACAAAAGGCUUGUUUCGUGGGUGAGGGAAAAGAAGAAUAGAGCAGCUUUAACUGAUUCCUGGCUUGAAGAGAUCAUAGACCCAAGGUUGAAAGGCAAAUAUGACGUACGAAAGAUGGAAACUUUGAUUGGGGUUGCUUUGCAAUGUGUAGAGGAAGAAAGAGAUGCAAGACCCAGCAUGAGAGAAGUCGUUGAGAUGCUUUUGGCCCAUGAAAAUGAUUUUGGCCCAUGAAAAUGAUCAUUUGGGUGAUAAUAUGUUAUACGACUCGUGAACUCAAUACAAACAAGACAUGGAGUUAGCUGGUUUGGGUUUGAUAUAAAGGGGUUCAGGUCUAAACCAGUUAAACUAUUAAGACAUGAUUAGUGAACGGGUCAAUCAGCUUAACCCUAAAUUAACCCGCAAGGAUCAGUUUAAAUUUUAUUUCAAAAUUACAAUUUUGUUAUUAUUAGAUUAUGAUAUUAGUAUUUCUCAAUAUGCUUAUGUUGUUAAGUUGGACCUAUACUCAUAUUUGUUAUUGUUAAUUUGUAAUAGUGGUUUUAUUAUUAGUUAAAAUAUUAAAAAUAUUGAUA